GCUUUUACUGAAUUAAGAGACUAACAUGUCCUGUUUUUAACUUGUUGUUUUUUCCUCCUUAUAAUAUCAAAACAUAAUUUUCUUCUUCUUCUUCAUCUUCAUUACUUUAUUAAUCUAUCUCUUAAGACGUGUUGAGCUGUUUCGGUCCUCCUCUCUCAAUUUAUAUCUUCUGAAAAAAAAAUCUUAUGAAUUAGUCUGAUAUCUCUCACUCUCUGUCUGUCUCUUCUACAUACUCUUCUCCAUUCACUCUUUCUUCUCUUUUCAUUUUGUUUCCUUCUUCUUGUACUUCUUCUUCUUCUUCUUCUUCUUCUUCUUCUUCUUCUUCUUCUUCUCUGACAAUGAGAUCAAAUAGAGUUGUGGGUUUCCAAUAAUUUUAGUAGUUAUUUGAACCUUCCAAACAAAGGGUUUAAAUAAAUUUAGUUUUUUUUCUUUCCAUUCUUGGUGAUUGUUGAGAAAAAAGAAAAAGAAAGAUGGCACCUUCAUUUGAUUGGUGGUCAAAUGAUAGUAAUAAAGGAACUCCAGUUGUGGUAAAAAUGGAGAACCCUAAUUGGUCUAUGCUUGAGAUAGAACCAACUUCUGAUGAUGAUAUGCUACCAGGAGAACAAAAUCACCAUCAUCAUCGCCGUCGUACUGGUGAUAAAAAAGGAAGAGGAAAAAAUGCUAAACAACUAACAUGGGUUCUUCUUCUUAAAGCUCAUAAAGCUGCUGGAUGUUUAACUUCAUUAGCUUCCGCUACUUUUAAUUUUGUCGGUGCGAUUCAACGCCGGGUUGCUUCAGGUAGAACUGAUUCAGAUUCGUCUAAUGAGAUCGGAGGCGGUGGUAUCAUUGAGAACCAAGCUGUGAGAAGAAGGUUUUAUUUCUUCAUCAAAGUCUUCUUAUGGUUAUCAGUAGUAUUAUUAGGGUUUGAGAUUGCUGCUUAUUUUAAAGGAUGGCAUUUGGGUUCACCUCAAUUACAGUUGGAAUAUCUCAUGGAAAGUGGUUCUUAUGGAGUUAAAGGACUGUUUGAUUCAAUUUAUUCUGGAUGGGUUUUUGUUAGAGUUCAAUAUCUUGCUCCACCUCUUCAAUUCUUAGCCAAUUUCUGUAUAGUAUUGUUUCUUAUACAGAGUUUAGAUCGAUUGAUUCUCUGUUUGGGUUGUUUCUGGAUCAAAAUUAAGAGGAUCAAACCUGUUCCUAGACAAACAACUAGGAUUGAAGAUGUUGAAUCAGGUGAUAACACUUACUUCCCAAUGGUUCUCAUUCAGAUCCCUAUGUGCAAUGAAAAGGAGGUUUAUCAGCAAUCUAUUAGGGCUGUCUGCAAUAUAGAUUGGCCCAAGGAGAAAAUGCUUAUUCAAGUUUUGGAUGAUUCUGAUGACACUGCAACCCAAGUGCUGAUCAAAGAGGAAGUUUACAAAUGGCAGCACCAGGGUGCAAACAUCAUUUACAGGCAUCGGGUUCUUAGAGAUGGAUAUAAGGCUGGAAAUCUCAAGUCUGCUAUGAAUUGCAGCUAUGUCAAGAAUUAUGAAUUUGUCACCAUCUUUGAUGCUGAUUUUCAGCCAACCCCAGAUUUUCUGAAGUUGACUGUCCCACAUUUUCAGGAUAAUGAUGAAAUUGGAUUGGUUCAGGCAAGGUGGUCAUUUGUAAACAAAGAUGAAAAUUUGCUCACUAGAUUACAGAACAUUAACUUGGCGUUCCAUUUUGAAGUGGAACAACAAGUAAAUGGGCAUUUCUUAAAUUUCUUUGGGUUCAAUGGAACUGCUGGUGUUUGGAGGAUCAAGGCAUUGGAAGACGUUGGAGGGUGGAUGGAAAGGACCACAGUCGAGGACAUGGACAUUGCUGUCCGGGCUCAUCUCCAUGGUUGGAAGUUUAUCUUCCUUAACGACGUUGAGUGUCAAUGUGAAAUACCAGAAUCGUAUGAAGCUUAUAGGAAACAGCAACACCGUUGGCAUUCUGGUCCCAUGCAGUUGUUUCGCCUCUGCUUCCCUGACAUUAUUAAAGCCAAGAUAAGCUUUUGGAAGAAAUCCAACCUAAUUUUCCUCUUCUUUUUACUGAGGAAAUUGAUUCUCCCCUUCUAUUCUUUUACUCUAUUCUGCAUUAUUCUACCAAUGACCAUGUUCAUCCCAGAAGCCGAGCUUCCAUCUUGGGUUGUCUGUUACAUCCCAGCCACCAUGUCAUUCCUCAACAUCUUGCCAGCACCUAAAUCCUUCCCCUUUAUAGUCCCAUACCUCCUAUUCGAGAACACUAUGUCAGUAACAAAGUUCAAUGCUAUGAUCUCCGGCCUUUUCCAGCUAGCCAGUGCUCAUGAAUGGGUGGUCACUAAGAAAUCAGGCCGUUCUUCCGAAGGUGAUCUUCUUGCUUUGCUUGAGAAAGAAGCACCAAAACAGCAUCAACAGCGAGGAAAUUCAGUACCCAAUCUGGAUGCAUUGGGUAAAGAGGAAACUCGUAAACAAGAGCAGAAGGAUGCUAAGAAAAAGAAGCACAACAGAAUAUACACCAAGGAGCUUGCUCUUGCCUUCCUUCUUCUAACUGCGGCUGCAAGGAGUUUGCUAUCUGCACAGGGUAUACAUUUCUAUUUCCUACUUUUUCAAGGAAUAGCAUUUUUACUAGUGGGUCUCGAUCUAAUUGGUGAACAAGUUGAGUGAGUUAUCAGAAAGAAGAGUAAAAAGGUAUUAGAAAGCUAAAACAGACUCGUUUAAACUUUAAACAUAGCCAGGCAGUGGUGGAUGGAUGCCCCACAAGACACGAAGAUAGUAAGAGUCUGUAUAACUGUUGUUACUGUUUCUAAUUCUCAUUCCUCUCCGGUAUUGAGAAAAAGAGGCUCUAUCUUACAGGGAGUAAAAAGAAUUACUCUUUGGAGGAGGUGAAAAGGUGUAGAUAGAUUGGUUUAGUUGUUUUCUGCAUUUGAUUAUUUUCAUUUUAGUUUCAAAAUUCUUUUGUAAGAAAUUUUUUGUUUCUUUUUAGUUACAGAAUCCGGAGGGAAAUGAUUCAAGAAUUUCCUACCUACUACUAUGUUGUAAUUUUCUAUAAAUUUCUUAUACAGGAAGAAACAAGCAAAACACUUAAAAACUCUUCUUGUAAAACUCGGAAUUGUUAUAAUAUUGUUGGAAUUGUGGACUAUGUAAUCCUCAGUAUUAUUAUUAGUAUACAUGAAGCUCCAGCUUAGAUCAA